UUGCAGCAGAGGCACAGAAGGAGCCUGCGAGGAGCUGGGAAAUACACACACAACAGCAGAACCACAACACCCUCCCCUGGACACACCCUACUGGGGAUCACUGCUUUUCUUUUUUUCUGAACCAUCGCCCACGCCACACGGAGAGAAAUCUCUCUCUCAUCAUCAUCCUGAAGAAAACCCCCUUAUCCUCAUUUUCACACUGCUGAGGAAAACCUACAAUCGCACGGGCUGAGAUUUCCUGGCGAAGACUGUCCUUUUUCCUUUUUCUUUUUUUUUCUUUUCCUUUGGAAACUGACAUUUGCAUUUCUCCAUUCCAAGCCACGGCGUAAUAAUAUCUGCAAUCCAGCCUGAAGACCUGCAAAUCGAAGGACCUAGAUCACUAUCAUCUUUGUACGUCAAGAAUGGUUACUAUAAUUAGCACCAUGGAAACUCAGGUGUCCAAUGGUCCGAGCGGAACCAGCCUGCCUAACGGCCCUGUCAUUAGCACUAACGGCGCCACAGAUGACAGCAAAACUAACCUGAUCGUCAACUACCUGCCUCAGAACAUGACCCAGGAAGAGUUCAAGAGCCUCUUUGGCAGCAUCGGGGAAAUCGAGUCCUGCAAAUUGGUCAGAGACAAGAUCACAGGCCAGAGCUUGGGAUAUGGCUUUGUAAACUAUGUGGAUCCCAACGACGCCGACAAGGCUAUCAACACGCUCAACGGUCUCAAACUGCAGACCAAAACAAUCAAGGUGUCUUACGCCAGGCCCAGCUCAGCUUCCAUCCGCGAUGCCAACCUGUAUGUGAGCGGCCUGCCCAAAACCAUGAGUCAGAAAGACAUGGAGCAGUUGUUUUCCCAGUAUGGAAGGAUCAUCACCUCACGCAUCCUGGUAGACCAGGUCACAGCAGGUAUAUCGCGCGGGGUAGGUUUCAUUCGGUUCGACAAACGGAACGAAGCAGAGGAGGCCAUCAAGGGCCUGAACGGUCAGAAGCCACUAGGAGCAGCUGAGCCCAUCACCGUAAAGUUCGCCAACAACCCCAGUCAGAAGACAGGACAGGCUCUGCUGACCCAGCUCUACCAGACAGCCGCUCGCCGCUACACUGGCCCUCUGCACCACCAGACCCAGCGCUUCAGACUCGACAAUUUACUAAACGCCAGCUACGGAGUCAAGAGCUCUCUUUCUGUCCUCCCCAGAUUCUCCCCCAUAACCAUUGACAGCAUGACUAGUCUUGCCGGGGUCAACCUGACCGGGCCCACUGGAGCCGGCUGGUGCAUCUUCGUCUACAACCUGUCCCCGGAAGCUGACGAAAGUGUCCUGUGGCAGCUCUUCGGGCCUUUUGGCGCCGUCACAAACGUCAAGGUCAUCCGUGACUUCACCACCAACAAAUGUAAGGGCUUUGGCUUCGUCACCAUGACCAACUACGACGAGGCAGCCAUGGCUAUCGCCAGUCUGAAUGGCUACCGCCUGGGCGACCGCGUGCUGCAGGUCUCGUUCAAGACCAGCAAGCAGCACAAGGCUUGAAGGAAGGCCUAGUCACUAUUGCUCUUUAACAUGCAGGGGGAGCUACUGAGCUCCCUGUACAUUCACUCUACAUGGGCCUGGACUGAGUCUCUCUCUAACAUACAUUCGACACACACACACACACACACACACACACACACACAUUUAGUUGUUUUGAACAAAAAUACACAAGUAGAGUCGUUUUUUCUUUUCUCUCUACACAACAUGCUAGUCCUUCCCACAGUUUGCCUGUAUUGAAUUAGCAGAAGUGUGAGGCGGGAAUGGGGAAAUCCAAAAGGAGGGACAGUCUAAUGAAUGUGACGGAGAAUGUCUGCAGAGAUUUAAUUUAAUUCAGGCAAAGUACGAGAACUGGUCAACGAAAAAGAAAAAAGUUAAAUCAAAUAUGUGCAAUUUAUCCCGAAAUCUUGCCCCAGUAACUCUCCUGUCUGGCUCCAGAGGAUGUAGUCACUUUUUUACACUUGGGCAUUUUGAAUCAGUGAUUUUUUUUAGAGACAAAUGAUUAAAAACAGUGUUCUCUUAUAUAUAUAUAUUAUAUAACUAUAUAUUCAACAUUUAAGGUGGUUAUAAUAGCCAAAUAUGUACGCAUUUUUCUAGAACUUUGAUUACGGAUUCCUGGCUCUAAAUUAGGUUGCAACCUUGCCUUACGGCGCCACACACACACACACCUUACUUGAAGUCCAACCUAACAAACCAUGCAAAUGGUAGUCACAAAAUUGAGAGGUUACCAGGGGGUCAUCACAAUCACCUCAGCACACUGAAAGACAAAUUUCAACACAGAGACACUCACGCACGCAUGCAUGCACAUACGCAAACACGUACCUCCAGUGGAGGGCAAAACAUGGCGACCUAGAAUCUUCUUGUAUCUUUCCACUCUGAGUUUUAGAGGUAGAAUUUAGAAUCGAUUCCACCACAUGCAGUUAUCUGUGUAACUAGGGGCAGUUUACCCAUUGCGAAGGAAUGCAUUUGGAAUUCUUCUGAAAGUCUUUCAAACCAAUUAUGAAGGCCAACCAUAAUCUCCAGGGCUUCUUCUAAACAGGUUUAAAUGGCCUGUGAGUGGGAAAUGCUGUGUGUCAGCUCUUUGAGAUGUUCGCGUUAAAGAGAGUGAGUGCUUUAUGGAGGUCAGGGGCCUCUUGGAUUUGUCACCCUUGCUCUUCAUAACCUCCAGAAUUGCGUUGUAAUUCGCUUUUCCCAAAUCGGUUUUAGCAGCCCCUGCAUAUCUAAACAGCUACAUAUCGAGUCCUUUAAGUCCUCAAGGCCCUUCCAAGCAAGUCGCAGCCAAUUGAGCUACAAAUGAUUCCUUUUUGUUAUGUCAUAAAUGAAAUAUUCCCUAGAUAUAGUAACGACAAUGCCCAAGCCAUCCACAGCCCUGUGAUUAAAACUAAACUGUUACAUGGGGAGAGACAUUGCUGUAAAAUCGCAAACCUUCACGUUAUAUGAAGAAAAGAAAUGAGAGAUGUAAAUGUGUGUUCAAAUCAAGUGACAUUUUGCUUUUCUAAAUAACGCUGUGUUAGCCAAAGAGGACAAUGAUCUCUUUGAAAAGGAUUACAUUAGAGAUUAAUAUAUUUUUAUAUCUACGAGAAAAAAAAAACAAGACCUUGUGCAACAUUUUUACAGAUUCUUAAAUUGUGGAAAUCUUUGGACACACCGCAUGGCUUUUAUUUUCAGAGUUUUCAACUUUGGGGAGAGAGGGCCAGUCUGCGGUGGUAGGGAGGGGAUAGGAGGGUUGGGGACUAAGACUUACAUGCAGUGAAACCAUUUCAUUUUCAAAAAAAAAAAAAAAAAAAAAAGAGAAACAUACGAAACGUUCAAAAAAGGAUCAGCAGACGGAUACAUGUACGCAUUACGCAGGAACAACAAAAAAAGUAGAUAAGACGGUUUCUCUAAAGUGAAAAAUCAAGCGUUGCUUCAAUGACGGUGCAGUGAAGCUCUUAAUGGCGAAACACCCAGAGCAUUUCACCUCACAUCGGCCAAAAGAUGAAUCACCUUAACGCUUCAGCAUGUUCAGUGCACCAAAAACGUUGAAUAAUUGACAUAAUACUAUGUAGCUGCACUUAUAAAUGUAAUCAAAAAUCCAUAGUGAAUUUUAUUCGCCAGUAUGUCAUCAAACAAGGCAAUUGUCUAUCAUUCUACUGUUUUGUUUUUUUUUUGUUUAAUUUACGCUCCACAUAUCUUAUGUAUUCCACGCUCAUAUCAUUGACACCUGAUUUUGCUCCUUUGCACAAGCACUAACCAACCAAGGAAUCUUAGCUUUGUCACUGAUGAAACACAUACACACACACACACACACACACACACACACACACACACACACACACACACACACACACACACAUCAAAGCAAAGUGUCUCUAAGCCCUCCAUUCUCAUGAUCGUAUCAAAACUGUGACCUAACCCCUCUCAGCUUACGCCACAUUACCUUUUCUUUCACUAACUCAACUCAUUCUGGAAUUCAUCAGUGGUGUGCCCUAGAGGGGACGAGAAUCAUAAACAUACAGAUAAAAUGGUUGACGGCAUGGAUAAAAGUUACCAGGGCAAACUAGUAGUGCGCCUGGCGACUGAAUAGAAAUCUUUAGCUACACCACUUCCCUCAUUCCCUCAGAGAGCCAAGGACAAUGCCAGGAAACAAACAUACUGCACCGCUUGAGCAACUACAAUAAUAAUCAUUAAAAGAAAAAGACAAAAAACUUUCCUAUGGAACAGUAAGUGCAAUGUGCUUCGUUUUUAUAUUGACUGAGAACAAAAGAUAUAUAUAUUUUUUAAAAAAGAAAUUAAACAUCAUACUGAAAUGGUUUGCAGAAUAGUGAAAGGAUCAAACGUAAUGAACAAUGACAAAAUGGCAAAAAACGACAAAAAAAAAAAAACUAAACAACAACAAACAAAAAAAAGUGUUAAAACUAACAGAUUCAGUAGAAGAAUCAAGCAAGCACCAAGAGCUCUGGUCUCUAAAAAUGUCCAUUAUCCCUUCCUCCGCCCCCUUAUUAGUGCUCUGACCAUGCAAGCUAAAACAAACAGCCGUCUAUGGUAGCGAAAAAGAGCAAUUCUAAAAGACCGUGAAAGGAAUACUGUCUAAAAUAUCAUCGGUUUUAGCCCAUGUUGAUUUCAGAAUAUCAUUUCUUCCUGUAAUUUAUUGAUUUACUUUACAUAUCAGGAUCACAUGUUAACUUAGCGUAUUUGUGUUGUUGAUGUUGCCAUAGAGGACACGUGGGUCGAAGAUUUCCUUUUGGUUCCUUUUAUUGGGUACGGUUUCUUAUAUUUGUUUCCAUUAUUUAUACUUAGUUGCUGUUCUUACAGUGUAUGCAGGUUUUAGAAUUAGUUAGAGUUAUUUCCUUUCAAUCAAAAACGUGUUUAAUUGUGUUUGUAAAAGUCUGUGGUAGCUUUCGUUGCAACAUAAAUGAUUUAAAGUGAAAAAAAGAAAAAAAUUUCAAUAUAGCGCCAAUGAACUUGUAUUAUUUGGGCGACUAAGCUUGUAGUUUUAACUUAUUGUUAACUUAAAAACUAUUUAUUAUCAUUAUUAUUAUGAUUAUUAUUAUUAUUGCCUCGUAUGAAAGUAUGUUUUGUGUAUAUUUAUGGUUUCUUUCAUUCUAUUUGCAAGUUUAAAUACUUUCAUUUUGCCAAAAUGUGGUUACACCUUUUUUGUUUUUUCUUUAAAGGGAACAAAUAGAGUAAAAAAAAUAAAAUAAAAAAACGAACAAAAAAAAAAAAAAAACUGCUUUAGAAUUACAAUUUGGAAAAGUUCUCCAUAGGCAAAGAAUGCACUGCUAUAUUAAACUAAUUGAAGUGUAUAAACAUACAUGCUGUGUGCUAGAUGUUAUGCCUUUAAUGCCUGUGUUUUGUUUGUCUUGUUAAAUGAAAACCUUUUGAUUAUUUAAUCUAAUCACAGUCUUGUUUUUCCAGCCACGUUCAGAACCCCAUAGUAAGUUAGGGCCCGGGGCGAGGCCCGGGGUAGGGGGGAUUAGCCGAGGCACGGUCCGGUUUACGGACCCACAGCCAGGCCUUAGGCUCAGCGCUUCUCGCCAAACACCCCUCGUCCCGCUGCCAUCAAAAAUAAAACAGUCAGCGGGGGGCUCUAGCUCUACGGUUAGCAGGCGAAAGCACAGCGGGGAGAUGGGACAGGCGAGGCGCUGAGCUAGAUAAAGGGGUCAGUGGUCACUCUGUUUCUCAACCAGUUGUAUUUUGUGUCAGUUAAUUUAGGAGGGACACAGAGUUACUUAGCAACGUUCUUCUGAAACUAUUUUACCAGGAAUAACAGAACAAUAACAGAACAAAACAAACAACAAUAAUAACAGCGGAAAAAAUAUACGAUCAAAAGCAGAACUCCUGAUCUCAGUGUCUGUGUGUCACAAAUAAAAAAAAAUCUCAUACUUCCAAACCUGAACAAAAGAACAAACACAUAACAAAGGGGAAAAAAAUAAACCUUUCAGUUUAGUUUAGGAUAUUUAUUACUGGGAUUUCAGCUGAAGACGCUUGAGGACUUUUUCAUGGAAUUGUUUAAUUAUUUGUACUUUACAUGCCAGAAAAAAAAUAAAAGAUAUGAAUCUCA